UAGAAACCUUUUUUUUUUCCUCCCGAUACGCCCCUCCAUCUCUCGCCGUUCAUGUCCGUGGCUGGCUGCCCUCCGUGGGAGCAGGCGGCCGCACUCGUUCCCCGCCGCAGCCAUGGGCCAGUGCUGCUCCAAGGGCGCCGGAGAGGCCGGCGCCACCGAGGCGGCGCCAAAGGCGCAGGCGCCAAGCCGCGGCGCGUCCGCGAACAACGCCGACGGACAACGGGCGUCGUCCUCGUCCGCGGUGGCUGCUGCCGCUGCUGCUGCCGGUGGUGGUGGCGGCGGCACGACGAAGCCGGCCUCACCCACCGGCGGCGCCAGGGCCAGCUCCGGCAGCAAACCGGCGGCGGCCGUGGGCACGGUGCUGGGCCGGCCCAUGGAGGACGUGCGCGCGACCUACUCGAUGGGCAAGGAGCUCGGGCGCGGGCAGUUCGGCGUGACGCACCUGUGCACGCACCGGACGAGCGGCGAGAAGCUGGCGUGCAAGACGAUCGCGAAGCGGAAGCUGGCGGCCAGGGAGGACGUGGACGACGUGCGGCGGGAGGUGCAGAUCAUGCACCACCUCUCCGGCCAGCCCAACGUGGUGGGCCUCCGCGGCGCGUACGAGGACAAGCAGAGCGUGCACCUCGUCAUGGAGCUGUGCGCGGGCGGGGAGCUCUUCGACCGCAUCAUCGCCCGGGGCCAGUACACGGAGCGCGGCGCCGCGGAGCUGCUGCGCGCCAUCGUGCAGAUCGUGCACACCUGCCACUCCAUGGGGGUGAUGCACCGGGACAUCAAGCCCGAGAACUUCCUGCUGCUCAGCAAGGACGAGGACGCGCCGCUCAAGGCCACCGACUUCGGCCUCUCCGUCUUCUUCAAGGAGGGCGAGCUGCUCAGGGACAUCGUCGGCAGCGCCUACUACAUCGCGCCCGAGGUGCUCAAGAGGAAGUACGGCCCGGAGGCCGACAUCUGGAGCGUCGGCGUCAUGCUCUACAUCUUCCUCGCCGGCGUGCCUCCCUUCUGGGCAGAGAACGAGAACGGCAUCUUCACCGCCAUCCUGCGAGGGCAGCUUGACCUCUCCAGCGAGCCAUGGCCACACAUCUCGCCGGGAGCCAAGGAUCUCGUCAAGAAGAUGCUCAACAUCAACCCCAAGGAGCGGCUCACGGCGUUCCAGGUCCUCAAUCACCCAUGGAUCAAAGAAGACGGAGACGCGCCUGACACGCCGCUUGACAACGUUGUUCUCGACAGGCUCAAGCAGUUCAGGGCCAUGAACCAGUUCAAGAAAGCAGCAUUGAGGAUCAUAGCUGGGUGCCUAUCCGAAGAGGAGAUCACAGGGCUGAAGGAGAUGUUCAAGAACAUUGACAAGGAUAACAGCGGGACCAUUACACUCGACGAGCUCAAACACGGGUUGGCAAAGCACGGGCCCAAGCUGUCAGACAGCGAAAUGGAGAAACUAAUGGAAGCAGCUGACGCUGACGGCAACGGGUUAAUUGACUACGACGAAUUCGUCACCGCAACAGUGCAUAUGAACAAACUGGAUAGAGAAGAGCACCUUUACACAGCAUUCCAGUAUUUCGACAAGGACAACAGCGGGUACAUUACUAAAGAAGAGCUUGAGCACGCCUUGAAGGAGCAAGGGUUGUAUGACGCCGAUAAAAUCAAAGACAUCAUCUCCGAUGCCGACUCUGACAAUGAUGGAAGGAUAGAUUAUUCAGAGUUUGUGGCGAUGAUGAGGAAAGGGACGGCUGGUGCCGAGCCAAUGAACAUCAAGAAGAGGCGAGACAUAGUCCUAUAGUGAAGUGAAGCAGCAAGUGUGUAAUGUAAUGUGUAUAGCAGCUCAAACAAGCAAAUUUGUACAUCUGUACACAAAUGCAAUGGAGUUACUUUUGCAACUUAGUUCAUGGAUGGUUGUGUACGUUGUGCUAUUGAUUGCAAGUGAUUUGAAA